AUGUAUAGACAAAUACCUUUAUCUGUUGCGUUCAGUAGUGAAAACCCUGACGUCAAAAUAAAGGGGAACAGAGUAACGUUUAAGUUUCCAACAGACUGGAUUGUGAACAUAAAUGAAGAGAAGUACAUUGGCAUAACAUCUAUGUAUAUAACACGUGCUUUCAGAAAGGUUGACUUUAUACUUCAAGUCGAGAUAGAAAAUGACGAACAGUCUUUAAGCGCCCAAAACAUUCACAUAUACAAAUACUUUAAAGACGAUACAACAUUGUUGCAAUGUAUGAUUUCAUUUAAUGAGAUGUUCGAGAAAAAGUUCAACAUUGAAGUACAAACUUUACAGCCUUUACGUGAGUUUCUUGCACAACUGAAGGAAGAAGGUAGUCAGCCACAACUUAUAGACUUUCAUUAUGAAUUUAAUGAAAAUGAAGAUGGAACACAUGACUGUCAAUUCAUUGUAUUCUCACCAUUCAAUGAAGUCGCUAAAAAGAAAGAAAAUCCAUUACGUAUAAGAUUUCAAAUCUCCGAACCAAGUGAUGAUUUUAAGAAUGUUUUCAAUUAUGAUGCAAUGCUUCCGAGGAAAAAUGAAUUUUCAAAGAUUGUAA